AUGCCUGAUAUUUCUAUGACGUCAUCCUACAACUUGGUUUUUAGUAUCUACACGCGGGAAGGGCGUAGCCAUAGUCAGUUUAUUUCAGGCAAUUCAACAAAGAAGACGACGUUUGCUGUUUGUUCUACUCAAUCGAAAUCAAUUAUUGAUUUUUAUCUUUGGGAGAAAUUUUCAAAAUGGCGUCCAAUACUGUCACCAUUUCUGGAGAAGUCUUUGAGGCGCCGUCAGCUGCAAUCCACCGAAUGGCGGUGCGACAGGUGCUUUGAAGAGAACGGGAGAGAAUCGACCGUCCAGAUUUGGUGCCAGGAAUGCGAGAAAAUCUUGUGCCAGUCCUGCAAGAGAUUCCACUCCGGACACGUGACCAAAGACUUUUCGAGCAUGACGCGGGUGGAGGCCAUCAGGGUCAUCACGACGGACGACUGUCGACGGCACCGUCAAUCCAAGGACGCUUUCUGCCAACACGUGCCGGUGCAAAAUAUGUUACCAGGAACACGUGAUCACCUCCCCUCAGUGUCCGCCUCGUCCGCUGUCGGUGAGGAAGGAAGCGUCGAAAGAGAAGAUACGCAGCCCCACCCUGGAGCGGGAACUCCGCCAGUUCGAAAUCAACAUCCGGGAGACACCUUCGUGGAAGAAGCACGGCUCAAGUUAGCAGCGUUGUGCGAUAAUAUGAAAGUGAUGGCGUACGAACUGCAGACAAAAUGGCAGAACUCCCUCAAGGAGAAAGAAAACCUUUUAAAGAAGGUGGAAAUCUGGCACCACACAUUGGUACAUUUGUCGACGGAUGACGCUGACGAUGAGGACGUCGUUUGUGGACUAAGGUUGGUGGGAGCGGAGCUUUCUGCGCGGCUCCGCCAAUCAUUUGCUCCUCAAGAGAAAGGACGUUGGCUGGUGACAUUUCCGAAAUGGUGUCACGACUCCCUAGAGUCACUGAAGAAAGAAAUAAUCGUGUGGGAAGCAGAGACAUCCGGGCAUUUGCAGAUGGAAAGUGAAUGUCGUCUGCAAGGAUCGAACCCGAUGGAUAUUUCAUCGAUUGUCACCGGCGACAAUCGCGUCUUUGUUGGCGAUUUUCAAAGCAGAUCCAUCCUAGAAUUCAGUGACUCUGGGGAAAUGGUCGGCCAAUGUUCCUUAACGGACGGAGGAGAGGAUUUCUACCCCCUGGAUAUGUGUCGCCUUUCUGAAGACAUUUUGAUUUUUUAUUUCUCUUCUUCUUUCUUUCGUUGCUUUCUUUUUCUCAGUUUCGUUGUUUCUUUUCUUUUUUUUUCCCUUUUUUUUCUCUUUUCCUUCUUUUCUUUUUUGGUAUUUUUCUCUCUUAUAUAUUCUUAUCUUCAUUUUGUAUUUUUUUUAUUUUAUUUUUGUCUUUAUUCUCUUUUUCUUUAUCUCUCUUUGUCUCCCCACCCUUUCUCUCUUUCUUUAUCUCUCUUUGUCUCCCCACCCUUUCUCUUUUUCUUUAUCUCUCUUUGUCUCCCCACCCUUUCUCUCUUUCUUUGUUUCUCUUCUUUUUUUGUCUCAUUUUUUUCGCUCUUGUCAUCUUAUUUUCCUGGUUUCUCUAUUCUUUUUCCCUUUUCUUUUUUCUUACUUUCUUUCUUUUUCUUUGUCUCCCUUUUUUUUUUUUAUUCUUUGUUCCUAUGUUUCUUUCUUUUUAAUUUGCGACUUUCUCUUUUUUUCUCUCUUAAAUUUUUCUUCUUUUCUUUGUUUCUUUUUCACGCAUCAAAACAAGGAAUGUGUUUUUUCUUUUUCUUCGUGGAUGUCGGGGAGGAGCGUGAAUUUUAUGAAAUGUGCAUUUUAAAUCCAGGUCACGUCUGCGUUACGUUCAUUGGUAAAGGCAUGAACCUAUCUCGUCCCUGCAUCAGUAAAGCAGCAGAAUAA